AUUUCAUGUCAACUAACAGUGCAUUGAUUGCAAAUAUAUUACUCACUUUUGGAUAAAGUAUAAGACGACAAAUCGAUGCAAUGGUUGACACGUUUUCAACUGUUCUCAAAAUUCUUUUGCGGCGAAAGACUAAUUCAUCACCAGUUGGUGGCAAACCUAUACCUCAAAAGUCAUUAUCUGUUGUCGACAUUACCUGUUUGGGUUUAUCAACGACAAUAGGAACCGGUGUUUACACAAUCCUCGCACAUACAGCUCGUGAAUAUAGCGGACCUUCAAUUGUAUUGAGUUUUCUUAUAGCUUCAGUGGCCUCAGGCCUCGCAGGACUGGCAUAUUCAGAGUUAUGCACUCGAUUUCCAAGUGGAGGUUCGGCCUAUUGUUAUGUGUAUUCAAUUUUGGGUGAAUUACCGGCUUUUUUGAUUGGUUGGUCAUUAGUUUUUGAAUAUUUUUUGGCUGUCAUAUUGUCGACUAAAUCCAUUACCAAUUAUAUGAACUACUUGUUAAACGACACGUUUGCCAAUAGCUUUACAUAUAAUGUAUUCAAUGAUUCAAAUGGUGGCAUAUUUUUUGACAUUCCCUCUGCUUUACUUCUAUUACUUAUUGGAUAUGUAUUAACACAAAAUCUCAAAAAUUCAUGCAUUUAUAAUAAUAUUCUGGUCUUUAUAUGUUUACUAAUCACUGUUGGAAUCCUAUUAAGUUGUCUAUCAUUAGCAGAUUGUGACAACUGGACAGCCGGUCCCGGAUUUUUUCCCAACGGAAUUGUCGGAAUAUUUUCUGGAGCAGCCGUUUGUUUAUUUGUAUUCAAUGGUUACGACAUUAUUGGUUUGCUAUCUUCAGAGUGUCGCCAUUCAUAUCAAAACACAACUUCUGCCAUAAGUUUAACGUUUGUGUUGUCUUUGAUGACAUCAUUUAGUCUCUCGAUUGCCAUCACAUUAUUAGUGCCUUUCUCUUUGCUCGAAACAAACGCAUCGCUUAUUAAAAUAUUUGUUACGAGAGGUUUGAAUGGUAUGAAAUACUUUGUGAUUAUGGGAGCCAUUUGUGGUCUAAUAUCGUCAACAAUUGCAUCUUUGCUUUCAUUAUCUCGUCUUUUGUAUUGUUUAUCAAACGAUGGCUUACUCUUCACUUUUCUUUCAAAAUACGAGUCCAACUCAGGAGUAGCCAAAUGUGCGACCAUUGUAUCAACAGUUGUCUGUGCCAUCACUUGCAUUCCAUUACAAACUACAACUAUAUUGAAUUUUAUCGGAACAGGAACUAUAUUUGCAUAUAUGACGGUCACUUUAUCAAUUUUAUCACUUCGCUAUUGUCGCACUGAAAAUUUGCCUUCAGAUUCAUGUGAAAUGCUAUUAAGAGAAAACAGUUAUAUAGAUAUUAGAGAAAAUUCAUUACAUAAUAUAACCCAAUCUAUAAGUGAUUACUAUCUUAAUAAAAGGCAAACUAUAUUGAAAUCAAUAGCAAAUGAUAGCCAAUUGAUUGAGGAGUUGCCUAAUGAUAACUGUUUGAGCGAAACAUUUUGCAAUUGCAUUCAAAGCGAUCGUCCAUUGAAUUGCAGUCAUCAUCACAGCUAUGGAUCGCUUCCAACCGCAAGAACAUUGUCUGUCGAGUUAAUCAAUCAAACAGUCAUUACAUCGGUUUCUAAUCUAUCACUUACUACAAGACAAGAACCAACUGUUAAGUCUGAAAAAUUUGUUUUAGUCAUAUUACCUAUUAUGAUGGCAACAAUGUUUAUAAUGGCCAUCACAACAGUACAUAUGCCAAACCUAUUACCCGUUGGCAUCCAAUGGAGUUUACAAUUGUUUUCCACUCUUUUAUUUAUUGUUAUAUGUGUUUGUGUGGCACUGAUGACAGGUCAGCCCCGACAUCAUGUCUCGACUUCCAACAAUAGUAUGCCGUGUAUACCAUUAUUACCCAUUUGCUCCAUUUGGUUGGAUAUACACUUAAUCGUAUGUUUACCAUACACUUCUUGGUUGGCAUUUCUCAUUUGGUGCUUAUUUGGUAUUUUUGUUUAUAUGAGUUUUGGGGUCUGGAAUAGUGUUCAGGCUUUGGAUGGCUUACAACCUUUAGAUAGCAUAGAGUGCUUAGAGACCAUUGAUGGCGAUGAUUGCAAUGCACACGAAGACUAUCAAUAUAUUAAUGAAUUAGCACUCAUUGAGACCAGUGAUGAAAGUCAAGAGUUUAAUAUAUGUGACAUUAUAGUCGGAUCAUCCGUUUAA